AAUUUCAUUUCCGUCGAAGAUAGGAAAUAUGGCGACCUACGCACUUGACUGAAAGGAAGUUCGACAUAUUUCCUUUAUACUUCCGCAAUGUCGUCAAAAAUCGAAAGGGAGUUUCAUGAAUAUGAGUCCCAUCAUCUAUGGCCUCAAAUUUACCAGAAAAUAAAGAAUGAGGCAUCCCUGAUCUCAAUAAAUGAUAAUCUAUCUGUUGGUGAAGCCAGAAAGCCUGAAAACAGAAGUAAAAACAGAUACAGAGAUGUUAGUCCAUAUGAUCACAGUCGAGUUGUUCUGCAAAAGGUGCCAGAAGGGGACUCUGAUUAUAUCAAUGCCAGUACUAUAUACGUCCCUGAGUCAAACAGGACCUACAUUCUGUCACAGGGUCCUCUGGAGCACACAGCUGGCCAUUUCUGGCAGAUGAUCUGGGAACAGAAUACCAAAGCCAUUAUAAUGUUAAACAGAGUUAUUGAAAAGGGAACAUUAAAGUGUCACCAGUACUGGCCGCUAGGUGAGGAAGAGGAAGAAGAGGAGCUGACUUUCGAGGAAACAAAUCUGAAGGUUACACUGCAGGAAGAGCAAGGCUAUCAACAUUAUACUGUCAGAACCUUUGAUUUAGAAAAUUUAGAAACGAGUGAAGUUAGAGAAGUCUAUCACUUUCAUUACAUCACAUGGCCAGAUUUCGGGGUACCCUCUUCUCCAGUUUCCUUUCUCAUGUUUCUCGAGGCUGUUAGACAGAAGGGGGUACUGGAGCAAAAUGUGGGGCCAGCAGUUAUACACUGUAGUGCAGGGAUUGGCCGCAGUGGAACAUUUUGUCUAGUGGAUUCUGCUUUGGUGCUGGUUGAGAAGAGUGGAACAUUGGAAGGAAUUGACAUCAAGUCUCUACUGAUCUCAAUGAGAUCAUACAGAAUGGGUCUGAUACAGACGGCAGAGCAGCUCAAAUUCUCUUACGCAGCUAUCAUUGCUGGAGCACGGAAAGUGCUUGCCCUAGCUGGUGAUAGAGAUGCUGGUAAUAGGGAAGUCAACAACGUACUUGACGACUACUUAUAUGUGAGAGAUGAAGCACCACCCCCACCCCCUCAAAGGGUAGAGUCCCUGUCAGCAAACAGACGAGGACAGAAUCCGCCACCCCCUCCUCCAAGGAGCUACCCUGGGGAUGAGGAGCCUGCUGCAAAACAUCCUAAACUUGACUCGACGACAGAUAUACCUCAGAAACUCCAGAGAGAACAUGUCAUGGGGGGAACGAAUGAUUUAGACUCAGAAAGUGAUAAGAGUGGUACUAGAACUUUACCCACUGGGGGCAGAGAUGAAAAUAGGCAGCUUGAAAAACAGGACUCUGAAAAUAAUAAUCCAAAUAAGGAAGGGGAGGUAACAAAAGAUGAAGAGAAGAGGAGUAGGGACAGUGGAGGAGGGUGUCAACAGGUUGAGGGUGGAAAUGGAGAACCAGAGCAGCACACAGGGAACUCGGUAUCGGAGCAUGUCAGUGAAACACAUAUAAGACAGAGAAGGCAAGAGGAGCGGCAUAAAAGGAAAGAAAAAACACAAGAAAUGAUCAGCAAAAUGAGAGAAAAACAAAAAUCUAGUGAAACUUGGAAGAAAAGGCGUUCAUAUUUCAAGCCAAUAGCAAUUGGACUGUCAUUGCUGGUUGGGACGUAUAUACUAUAUCGGCUGUAUUGGUAGCUAGAAUACAAUUUGCUUUUAGAGAAAUACAGAUAUUUUUGAAGUGUGUGAGUCAUGUUUUUGAACAGCGUGAUCAAAUGUUCAUGUAAUUUGAUAACAGUCAUAAUGGUACAUUUUUUGUCUGUAAAAAAAGAAGUCGUGUUAAGUGUGAAAAAAAGUGUGCAAGUGGUCAAACCUGCUCUUUCAGGCAACACUGCUAGUUACCAAGCAUUACUGUUGGACCACAUUAGCGAAAACUCAAUGGGUCAAGCAAAAUUUGUUCAAGUUAUCGUUAAUUGGAGCCAUCGAAAAAUAUGUUAUAGGAAUUUUGCCGGGACCUGGUUAUGAGUUUGAGCUAAGGAAAGUGUUUGAAUUACCCGAUUUUGAGCGAAAAAGUUGGACUGUAUGUAUAUCAUGGUUGAGUGGUUAUGGUCACUGACUUUGAAUCACUGGUCCCUCAUCGAUGUGGGUUUGAGCCUAGGUGUGUUGAAUUCUUCAUGUGAGGAAGCCAUCCAGCUGGCUUACGGAAGGUGGGUGGUUCUACCCAGGUGCCUGCUGGUGGUGAAAUAAUGCACGGAGGGGCACCUUGGGUCUUCCUCCACAGUCAAAAGCUGGAAAGUUGUCAUAUGACAUGUAAUUGUGUCAAUGUGACGUCAAACCCAACAGUCAAUCAAUCUUGAUGGAAUUAAACUUCCUUGAAUAGAAAAAAUAACAGAUUUAAUAGAUGUUGGAGGCAGCCUUUUUAAAGGUGUCGGUUUGUGCAGGUUUGACUGUGUUUGACGAAGUGUAACUGUAAGUAACUAUAAACAGUUUUAACUGUAUAAAUUUAGCAGUCAAACUAGAGGGUUAUUUUAAUAGGGCUAUACAUGAGAUUUCAUAGAUAACAUUAUAUUUUGUUUAAUUUGAUAGAUUUUUUUAAAUCUAAAUUUGGUGAAUCUAUCACAUACUGAUAAACUUAUGAAUAUAAGUUUUUGUCUUUUGAUUUUCUUUUGAUAUACCAUUGGAUACAGCAUAGAGGUAACAGCCGGGUUAUAAAAUAGUUACUGUCCGUACUGGAAAUCAAGAGACGUAACAUCAUACUAUUAAUCUUAACUAGAGAUAAUAUAUUACUAAAACUUGAAAGAAUUACAACAUAGGCAGCAUUAACAUUAACAAAUAGUUUUCUGCUUUCUGAGUAUAAGUUUUUCAGUAUUCAGGACUUGGAAUAAUUUUGUUGUUUAGGGUCUGAGUGGAAUAUUUUUGUUGUGUUUUAUUCAGGGAUACCAUGUGUGUGUUUUUUUUUCAUGCAUAGCAACAAGCAGAAAUGCAGUUGAAGGGUAAUGAAAUCUGCUCCGUUACAUUGUGCCAGUUUUAGAAAAUUCAAUGUUUAAUAUUUCUGAUGUAGUCAGUUAGUUCAAAAUUUGUCAGAUGAGAGGUCACGUGCCAUGUGAGGCAGUCUUUUUAUGCCCCCAAAGGGAGGCAUAUUAGUUUUCAACUGUCCGUCCGUUAGCUCGUUAGUUCGUCACAACGUUAACUUCUUGCAUGAAGGCACUUUACUCGCAAACCAUUGCACACAGGACCUUCAAAUUUCACAUGCUGAUAGUACUUCUUAAGUACACAACCCCUACUGACUUUGGGAUCACCAGGUCAAAGGUCAAGGUCACCUGGUCAAAGGUCAAGGUGCUGCGAGGGCAUUUGUCACCAUUAGUGACAGCUCUUGUUUUGGGAUGUUUUUGAUAUAAGAUAGUCAAUUCAUUCUUUGAUGAUUUGACCCAAGAUGACAUGUUACAAUUCAUUCGUCCUCCACCACUUACUAAUGUGAGGAAGCUGUCAGUUACUUGAAGAAAACAAAUUGGUACUGGUAUUGAUACGAGGAACGUAGGUAGAGUUUUGUUAUUUGGAUAUACUUAUUUAGAUGCAAAAUUUCCCAAAACAAUAACUUCAUGUAGUCAGUUUAUGACAUGAAAUAUUUACUUCGUUAGUAUUGUUAUAUUUCCAUUGUGGACCAAAGUUUUUAUGCUAAGCUUUAUACAGGAAUAGAUUUUCCUGAUUUUGUAUUAGAAGAAGCAUAAACUUAAACUGUUCUAUCUGAAGUGCAUGAAAAAUGCUUUUAUCAGGAAUCUGAAGAUUAUGCCAGCAGCAUACAUCAAUACUCAUACACCUGCAGCUCGGACUUCCCACUGAGACGCACA